AUGUGUACACCAAAGGCAAAGUGUUCAUUGUGUCCACAAAUUCAAUGCAAUCAUCUUCCUCAAUAUUGUGUCUAUCAUGCAUGGAACCACUUGUCGUGCCAUCAAUGUAAUCAACCAAUUGUUGAAAUAAUUCACAAUUUAAUCUUUUAUUUCUAUAGGAAAAGAUCAACUGCAAGAUCCGAAGAAGAAAACUCAGAUCAUGUUGAUUCAAUUAAAGAUGCAGAAAUUGAAUAUUUAAAUGAACAAUCUUCCGUUUAUGAAAUUUUAAGUGAAAAUUUCAUGGGAAUGGAAAACGUUUUUUCACAAUUCCCAAUUCUGUCAAGAUAUUGGAUGGGAGAGGAAUUGAGAAGUGCAUUGAAUGUAUUGUUGAGAUAUUUCUCAGAUCAUGAUGAAGAAUUGAGAGCUUUGAAAUUGGCAGAAUUUAAGAAUGUCACUCUGGAAUUGUUAGAUAAUUUCCUGAAGGAAAAUCUGUCAGAUCUAUUUCUAUAUUUUGCUGUUCCAGAUAAUGGAAAUAUUCAAUGUAUUGAAUGUGUUGAAAGAGGUCAAUUGCAAGUUGUGGAAGAAUUGAGAAGUAAACCACAAGAACAAGCUCUUGCUCCAGAGGAUAACAUUCAAUUUCAAUGGAUGAAUGAUGAUGAAUUGGGAGUGGUAUUCUCCUUUUUAGAGUUUCCAUUUGAUUUUCCUGUAAUUUCUUUGACUUGUAAGAGAUUGUAUCAUUUCUUGCAUUAUUCCUCCAAUUUUUCAUGGCUCAGUAAUGUAGUGUUUCCUCCAAGAGGUCAACUUCAACUUUGCAGUGCUGGAUCUAGCUUUAAUUUUGAAUUUUUUAUUCGAAACAUGUUCAGGACAUAUAGAGGUCUCACUAAUCUUUCGUCCAUUUCCAAAAUUUACAACUUUUUUGAUUCUUACUAUUUCACAAAUGGUCUACUGAUCAACAAGCUAUUCAGUGAAAAUUUGAUCACAGAGACAUGUCUUGACACUCUAUUUAUCCAGGACUAUGGAACUUCAGGUUAUCUCACUUAUUAUUGGUUGAGAAAAAUACGUAGCUCCAGGCGAGGUCCAAUACGAAGGAUUUCCAUAUUUGUCAUGAGUGGAAGUAAGAGUUUAUUCCAACUAAUGAUUAUUUACAAUUACUUGAAAAACAAUAAUAUGGAUCAGGAAUUGUUAAUUGACCUGAUAGGUCCUUAUCAUAUUUCUCUUUCUCUUAAAUUAUCUAAUGAUGAUUUGAAUAUUCAGGAAACAGGACUACCAAUCAAAAUGGCAAAUACCUUACUCGAAAGUUUACCAGGAGAUUCAGGUUCCAUUUUACCAAUGGUAACUCAUUUGGAUUAUUUCUUCAUGAAAGAUUAUUCUUGGUUGGAGAAACAUCAAGUUUCGAAUGGUUUGGUCAUUCGGCAGGUAUGGGUUGAUAGUUACAUUCCAAAUUAUACUCAAUUAUUGAGGAAUAUGAAAGAGAGGGGAAUAGUUAUUCACAAAAUAAUUCUCCAUCAUGAUUAUUUGCAUAAAGUAACCGAAACUGAACAAGAAGAGUUGCUAUCAAUUACAAGCAAUAUUGAGAUUUGUAAACUUGCAAGCUUUCUGCCAGAUCCACCUGUAGAUAGAUGGCCAUUAUCGAGUGUUAUUCAGUAA